CCUGUUCCCUCCCUGUUUCUCUCCUCCGCCACUCUCUCCCCUCUCUGUUUCUCUCCUCCGCCCUCUCCACCGUCGCACUGUAAUGACCACCGUCGAAGAUCCAUUCGUCGCCCCUCCACCGGAAGAAGAUUAUAUAGACAUGGAACUCACCUCUUCCCUUUCUUCCAACUUAUUCUGCUAUUCCAUUGGAUCCCCACCGCCGCCGCCGCCGGCGACGGUGGCUACAAGAGAUUUCGAGUUCCAAGUCCAAAUGACGUCAUUCCCAGGCGAAACAGAGGCCAGAACUUCGCCGGCCGAUGAACUGUUCUACAAAGGAAAAUUACUCCCUCUCCACCUCCCUCCCCGUUUACAAAUGAUCCAAAAACUCAUCCACAGCCCAAUCUCCCAAAACCCAUCAAGAAAAAACCAAUCUUUUUCAGAAAACUUUCAGUUUCCUUUCAUCACCAUUAAAUCUCCACCUCCCGAGUCAUACAAUUUCUCACUCAGUGAGUCAUGCAGACCGAGUUUUGAGCUAAACCCAGAUGAGUUUUUGUUACGAUUCAAACAGGAAACCCCACCAAGAAAAUCAUGGUCAAAGAAAAUGAAGCAAUUCAAGCAAUCAUCAAUGGCUUAUUUCACGACUCUGUUCAGUAAAUCAGCUUGUUCUAACAAGCUCUGUUCCAAAUCUGCGUUCAACGAAGAAACAGAGACCAUUUAUGAAAACAGGGGAAGUUCAGAAAAGUUCAUUAAAGUUACCAAAAAGAACCCUUUUGGUAGAAUUGAUUAUAACAAAUGGAAGAUCCCAAAAGUUGAGGAAUUUCAUCACAGAAAGUCAUUUUCAGGGGCGAUUCAGAGCAGUUCUUCAUCUUGUUCUUCAAGUUCUUCAUCUCUUUCUUCAUCAUUUUCGUUUAGUUCAAAUGGGUUUUCGGAUCUGUUGAUGUUCAAGAGAAGUAUCAGCUCAAAUUCAGAGAUUGAGAGCUGCAUUGAAGGGGCAAUAGCUCACUGUAAACAUUCACAAAAGCUGUUUGAAUCUCAAGAACAAACAUGUUCUCUUUCAGCUUCAAAGAUCUUAGCUCGUGGGGAUCAAAAAAGUUCAGAGCUUUGCAGGAUUUGAUGGAUACUCUGUUUUUUGAAUGCUCUGUUUUUUUGUUUGUGUACAAAUUUGUAUAGUUGUUUGAGUUGAAUCAAACAGCUCUUUGUUUGAAUUCUUUGGAGUUUUGUCACUUUUUUGGUUUGAUUCUUCUUGGCUGCUUGUUGUAAGUUGUUUUUGUUAGAUUAAGCUCUAAAUGAUAAUUAGAUUGUUAAUUACUUUCUUAAAA